AUGGACGCCUCCGCGGCCAUGCUGCAGAUCUUCAGAAACAUUUUAACGAUCAAACAGGAAGAUGAUCAGCUCAGAGUAAUAGAUCUGCAAGUGGGGUCUCAAGUGCACAAUAAGGUCCCCGGGAACCUUCGAACGGAGUUAUGGCUGUCUUGCUUGCAUCGGAAAGGCGUUGGCUCUGGGUAUGCCAGCCAGUAUCAGGCCAUGCUGUUCAAGGGGGUCACUGGGGAAGCUGCAGAUGACAUAGAGAAGGACGUCGGCCGGACCUUCCCCGGGCUUGCCAAGUUUGCCACGAUCGAGGGCAAGCAGGCAUUGGAGCGGGUGCUGCGAGCCUACGCAGCAUUUGACACAGAGGUCAACUACUGCCAGGGGAUGAACUUUCUGGCAGCGUUGCUGCUCAUCUGGUUGCCACGAGAGGCGGAUGCCUUCGGCGCCCUGGCGCGGCUGUGGCAGCUGGGCAAGAUAAUGCCUCGCCACCUGGCGCGCCACAUGGACCAGCACUGCGCCAUCCCAGUGCUCUACGCCUCCUCCUGGCUGCUUACGGCAUUCGCCUCAGACUUCCCAGUCUUCUUCUCCUCGCGCGUCAUGGACAUCAUUCUGGCCGACCGCUACCUGGAAGCCAUGAUGAAGGUGGUGGUGGGCAUUCUGAAGGCGUGUGAGAAGCGGCUGCUGGCGAUGACUGACAUGGAGAAGAUGGUCGACUUCCUGCGAGGGGAGGUGCCGCGAUGGCCCCAUGACAAACUCCAGGAGCUGCUGACGGAGGCUCUGGCGGCGGAGUGGACGGCAGAGCAGGCGGCUGUGCUGGAGCGGACAGAGGGAGCCGAGAGUGUGGUCGACGCCGUGCAGCGAGUGGCCUCCAACUCUCCUCUGGAAGAAGAUGCAGAAGAGGAGGAAGCCAAGGCGGCAGUCACCCCAGUCAAGAGCGAGCCAAAACUGGCCAGCUUCUCCUGGGCCUCCAAGCUGUCGGCGGCCUCAUCCACUGCCAACUCAGCAGGGCAGCCCAACCUGUUGCAGUCCCUCACCGGCUCCCUGUCAGGCUUUGGAGCUUCGCUGCCGUCCUACUACGACGCAGCCAAACAGAUGACCAGCAGCAGUCUGUCGCCCCUGGGAGACCUGCUGGGCCUCUUCGAGUCCCCCAAGACCUCCCCAGAGCGCGCAGCAGCCCCCAUCUCCCACACAGACAGCGCCUCUCUCGACCACACUUCCCCAGCACCCCGACAAACAGCUGAAGCACACGAUCAGCCCAGCACAAGCGCCACUGCUGGUAACAGGGUUUCAUUGUCCGGGGGGAUUACAACGGGCGCUGAAGCGCAGCAGAGAGGGUUCCAGGGCACGGCGGAGGGAAUGCCGCAGGGGAGUGAUUCUCUACAGGGGCCGGGGGGGUCUGGUAGGGGGUCACUGGGUCUAGCUCCCAGCAGCUCCUGGGGACCCUUCCACGAGUCAGAGGACGCGGAGGCGGAUCAUGCGGCAGGCAGCAAGCAUGCGCGGCCUGAUCAGGCAACGAGCAGGUUUGCCGCUACCAGAACAGGCCGCAGAGAGACAGAUCCAGAUCAGGCGACCGGGAGUCCGGCCAGAUCAGGCACUGACGGGGCGGAGCCUGAUCAGGCAGCUAGCAUGCCGCAGCCAGAUCUGGCAGUGGCCAGAUCGUGCGACGCAGCCGAGCUGCGCUGGGCCGCGCCGCGCCACGGCAGCGGCAGCCUGCCGACCUCGCCGUUUCAGCAGUCGCCCCGGCCCGGCCCCUUCGACGCGCUACUCCCUGCCAGCACUGGCGAGAAUGCACUCUCCCCAUCUCAUGCAGGUGCAGAGAGUGUUGUGGGUGGGAGGCUGGGAUCUGCUGAUGGCAGCUCAGGCCACGCGGGCAGGCUAGAAGCAGGCGGCACGCAUCGGCCGAGCCGCAGCGACGUGGACUCGCUGGGUUCCUGGGGAUCCUUCAGGGCGCCAGAUCAGGCGGAGGCAUCCAGUCAGGCGGCGCCGAGCCUGCCCGGCCGACCGGCGCAGAACGACUUCCUCAUACGGCUCUCAUCCACACCCAGCGGACACCGCUCAAAUAGUAGCGAGACAGACCAUGCAGAAGCUGCCAGCGCAGGAAUGGAAGAAGUGAGCGGGUCAGGGCAGGCCACAAACGAGGCGCAGCAUCUGGGGCAGCUGGAUGAGGACGGCUGCUGGAAUGGGUGCAUGCCGGGAGGCCCCGAUCUCAUAAGCACGGAGGGGUCGUCACAGGGGGAUGCUAUAGCCGCGGACCCAUUCCAACAUGUGGCUCUGACGGAGCCGCUGUCACAUGCGCAGAUGCAGCGGGGACAUGGCGGUGUGGUGCAAAAAAAGGGUGUCAGUGACUGGGAGAACAGCCAAUUAUCUACCUUUAAUGCUGAGUCCGGCAGCAGCAGAGACAGCCGACAGGUGCCAAUGAAGAAGGCAAACAGUGCGCACGGGCAGUGA